UGUCCAUGAUGCAGAAGGCGGGGAUCCCCGAGGCCCUUCGCAGUCCUCGUGCACAGCUCCUACUGGUUAACUCUCUGACUUGUGGUCUUGAAGUUUGUCUAGCCGCAGGGAUCACCUUUGUUCCACCUUUGCUUCUUGAAGCUGGAGUGGAGGAAAAAUUCAUGACCAUGGUACUAGGUAUCGGGCCCAUUCUUGGUCUCUUAGUUGUACACCUAAUCGGCUCUGCAAGUGACCAUUGGAGCAGCAGAUUUGGCCGUCGGCGGCCCUUCAUCUGGCUUUUAUGUUUUGGAGUAAUACUGUCCCUCAUUAUCAUUCCUUUUGCCAAACAUUUAGCCAGCUUUGGAGGUCACCACUAUGCCGGCAUGGAGGUGUUCUUCCUUAUAUUGGGUGUUGGGCUGCUAGAUUCCUGUGCACAGGUUUGUUUCACUCCUUUGGAAGCACUGCUCUCUGAUCUCUUCCCUGAAGGAGAAGCCUGCAGAAAAGCCUUCUCAGUGUACGCCUUAACUGUUGGACUAGGAGCAUGCAUUGGAUUCUUUUUGCCUUCUGUGGACUGGAGUGACAGCUGGCUGGCACACCAGUUAGGUGGCCAAGAACAGUGCCUUUUCACACUCCUACUUAUUAUAUUUUGCGGAUGCAUCUUUGCUACAUUCUUUGUUUCCGAAGAGGUCUGGAUAAAUGCUGGACACUCAGAUAUAGAACCAGCAGGCAAGGGAUGGACUUGCACAAGGACAUGUCACCUUUGGUCUCUACCACACAGGGUUUGGCGAAUGGCCCUAGCGCUGCGAAGUAUGUGUGCUCUGGUAUCACGCUUCAGGACGUUUUGUUGCAGAGUUCCUGACGCUCUGUGCCGCUUGUUUAUGGCCCAGCUGUGCUCAUGGAUGAGCCUUAUGACCUUUUCUCUCUUUUACACUGACUUCAUUGGGGAAGGACUUUAUCAUGGUGUGCCAAUAGCAGAACCGGGGACGGAGGCUAGACUUCAGUAUGAUGCAGGAGUCAGAAUGGGAAGCUUGGGCCUCUUCCUUCAGUCUGCGACAUCAAUAGUGUUUUCGUUCUCCAUGGAUUACCUGGUGAAGACAUUUGGAACGCGAAUCGUCUACCUGUUUGCAGUUUCCUGCCUCCCGGUUGCUUCAAUAAUCACAUGCUUUUCCCAUAAUAUUACAGUGGUAAUAGCAUCCGCUGCUAUGACAGGCAUCCCAUUUUCUGUACUGCAGAUCCUGCCAUACACUCUUACCUCACUUUAUCAUCAUAACCGACAGGUGUUUCUCCCAAAGUAUAAGGACGUGGCUGAGGAGGAGAUAAAGGAAAAAGAGCGAAAGCCUGGAUUCAUGGAAAAUGCAUCAAAUAAUAAUAGUGUUGCAAUGUUUUCCUCACACUCCCCAUCUAUGUGCAUUGGUCCCUCCUGUGACAACUCUGUCAUGGUUGGAGGACCUACUACUCCAAACAAUAGGAUAUGCUUGGAUAUGGCUAUACUAGACAGUUCCUGUCUUUUGUCUCAGGUGGUCCCAUCCCUAGUUAUGGGCUUCAUCGUACACAUGACACAGACGGUGACCGCCUACAUUGCAUCAGCUGCAGCUUUUGGUUUGAUAGCUAUAUAUUUCUCCAACAAAGUUGUCUUUGAUAAACGUGAUAUAGUAAAGGUUACUCCUCUAUAG